CGUCAGUCUCCUAAACAGAACCUACUCUUCACACACCAUUUCUGAACUCCAUCACUCUCAAAUCCACAAAAAAUUCUUAAAAAAGGUUGAUCUUAACCAAAAAUCUCAGAAAAACUCUCAAACUUCAUCAUCAAUUUCUCAAAUUUCUUUCUCCGGAUUUAAUUUUUUUGUUGAUCAGAAAACGACUACAGUUCGCUAUCUCUAAAAAUGGAUUUCUCUCAAGCAGACUACAUCAAUGAUGACUCUGACUAUAGUUCUCUUAAUAUCUUCAAGGGAUUUCCCUCAGCAACUUCAACUCAGAGGCACGGUAUUCACCAGCUUGCAGGUUAUGGCUUUAAGGCUGACGCUUAUCAGAAGGAAGAUGAAUUUCCUACACACAUCAUAAGGGAAGGGAAUAAGAAGAUAAAAGAUGUGGUGAAGGAGCAUGUACUCCCAUUCCUUCCUGCUAAAUCGCUUAUGAAGUUUAAGGCUGUGUCCAAAGAUUGGGACAAAUGGAUAGCUAGUCCCUUAUUAACCCACCAACAAAGUUUCUCUUGCCAGAUUUUUUCAGGCUACUUCUAUCAAAAUAUGGAGAUAUGGGAUAUGAACACUAUGUUCUUAUCUCUAGACCAUUCUACAAGUGGAGUUCCCAGCCCAGCCCUUGAAUUCUUGCCUGAAGUUGUCAAAAUUCUAAGCUCUUGCAGCGGGUUGCUCCUUUGUCAGGGGUCGGAGAAGUAUUAUGUUUGCAAUCCCGCAACCCAAGACUGGAAAAUUCUCCCUCCUCCUCGGUAUUAUCAUGGGGAUGAACCGGCAGUAGUUCUAGCAUUUGAGCCUUCUCUGCGUAACAUUGAAGCGUAUUAUCAUGUUGUCUGUGCAUUUCCUAUGCUUGAUCAGCCAAUAAUCGGCUUUGAGAUUUACUCUUCAGAAUCAAAUUCUUGGAGCUGCUCUUCUGCAUACUGUUCUGAUCUAGAAAAUCCGUCUCUUGUUGGUGGAGGUUUGUUUAUGAAGGGGGUUGCUUACUAUGAGACGAAAUCAAAUGAAGUAUUGGCCUUUGAUGUAAAAGAAGAGAUCCCUGCAGUUAUAUCUUUACCUGUUCAAUUUGGCAGGCAUGGAUCCUUAACACAGAUGGAAGGUGAGCUGAGCUACAUUACUGCUUAUAACGAAUGUGAAAAUGUUUUCUUAAUAGAUAUCUACCAAGGCAUGGAAAUGAGCCUGAAGCAGAGUGUUAGCAUCAAUCUUGGACCCAAAAGGAGGCUUACUCGAGCGUGCAAGGUACUACCCUGUGUUAACAGUGAUGCUGUAGCGAUUCAGGUUGGCAGAUUCAUAUACUUUUAUCACAUCAGGGAGCAGAAAGUUGAGUGUAUAGCAAGGUCAAGCGCUAUGGGUUCGGGGAAAAAGUUCUUUCCCUACAUAAACAGCCUUGCUAUGCUACAUUGAGCGGAAGGAGCCUGCCUUAAUUUACUAUGUCCAUGGUUUUUCCGUAGAGUAGAAAAUGACUUAAUUUACAGCUCUUUUGAAUCUUUGCUUACAUUGUGACUUGGAUGUAUAAAAUGAAUAUGCAUGUUGACAUUCUCUUUUUGGUAAAUUAAGGAUUUUGUGUAAGGAGCUGUUUCAUGUGGGACAUUCUCCGUUAUCUUUUCAUGUGGA